AUGAAUUUUGACCAGAAGGCGGUGAAAUUCCUGGCAAAUUUUCACAUCAAUGGAGGCAGACACUGGACCCAUGGCUCCCUGAAGCAGAAACCACCUGUGACUUCCCAGCUCGAUGCUGCUGUGCUGUUGUCAGGCCUGGAGCUAGGGCUGGGGGCUGCCUGGGAGGAGAUGUGGCCCCCAGCGGUGCAGGAGCUCCAGGUGGGGCUCAGGACGCAAACCAGCCCCCUCCCGGAGCCCCUCACUUGGAACCUGAGGGAGCUGUUGCUGGAGCAACGCCCGCCUAUCCUGACCGACCUGCAUGUUCCCGGCCCCACCAAGUAUCAGGUGCCAGAUGCAUCCCUGCGAGAGUGCUCCCCACACCCCCACUUCAGCAUUGGCCGCAGGCACCCUACCCAUGAGGGCGGUGGCCGCAGGGCGUGGCAGACUGUGUGGUUCCAGAGUGAAAGCCCCUUCACCCAGAAAGCUGACUUCAACCGAGAGCAGAAGUGGCCAUCACCUGCUGACUAUCAGCUGCCCAGCCCGCCUGCCUGCCCAGCCUUCAGCUUCAGGGGCCGCCCUGCCUCCAGGCCACCUGAGGCCCGAGCCUGCCAGGGGGUGCUGCAGGGCUGGGGCGCAGGGCCCCGGACCCAGCCCCUCCUGCAGGCCCCUCUGCCCACAGGGGAAGAGACGGGCCCUGGCCCCAGCACCUACAACAUCCUUCCGGGCUGCCGUCUGAAGGGCCCGUGCCCACCCGCCUUCUCCAUGGGCCGCUCACCCCUGCUGGCCUCCUGGCUGGGCUCCUCCUGCACCCCAGGCCCGGCCGCCUACGACGUGGAGGACUGCUAUAGCUCACGGUUCCCCUCGGCACCUGGGGUGGUCAUCCAAGGCGUGCGGAGGCCCAAGCGCCAUGACACUGGCCCCUUCUGUGCGCUCUAG